UCAGAUGGCAGAUUGGGAGCGGGCGGGUUGGAGAUGUGUAGUUGCUGCAGGGCCUGGACAAGGAGUGGGCAGCGCGGAGGAAUAGGAAGCAGCUGCGCAAAGACUCGGUGAGAGAAAAACCAGCGGUGAGAUUGGUUGGGCCUUGGAGUGGUUUCGUCUCUGGGCUGCGAGGUCUUGUGGGGAUCUCUCUUUUCUUCGCCCGCUUUAAAAAAGAAAAGCCAAACAGAUCAUGCAGCAUGGAUGGUUGUUUAUUUGAACUCAGUCCCAUCCCAUAUGGUUCUAAUGUUAAACCAUGUUGUAAAUUGGUUCGGGCAAGUUCUGAAAGAUGCUCAUCAAAGAAAUAUGGAACAGAUAGUAUCGUCAAAAUAUGGUGCAGCAAGCCAGUUGCUGAGCUUCGCAAAUACUGUGAUGUGAUUAAAAUAUAUACAUUUUGGCCACUUUUAUUUGAAAAUGGAGAUAGCAUCACAAAUAAACUAUAUGGAGAUUUUGGUGUUUGUCACCGCUGUAAACUAAGUUUGAUGACAUUGUUUCAAAUGGAAACAUUAGAUGAUGUUACAGAUAUAGUCAAAAGGUUUGCGAAUGUUCCACAUUUCAUCAGUGGCAUAUUGAAAAUUGGAAAUGAUAUAGACAAGAGAGAAUUUGAUUUUUGCGGCGCUCUUGCCUGGGUAAAAUAUGCAGAUGACAUUGGCCUUUUGCAGAAAUUAGAAACACUUGGAGAUUAUUGUUGGCCUUUCUUAGAAGUUUUCUUUGCUGAAUACAAACAUUAUAUAAGUAAAGUUGUAUUAGAAGACUAUAAUUUAGCAGAGGGAUUUGAAUCUCAGACUUGUGAUAAUUGUAGAAAGACUAGUGAGGAAUGGAAAAAGAAGGGAAAUGACUACUUUGCUGAAGAAAACUUCUCGUUCGCUAUCCUCGCCUAUACAAAAGCUAUAGAAUCUUGGCCUGAAAAUCACUUUCUUUAUGGAAACCGGUCCCUCUGUUUCCUCCGAACUGAGGAGUAUACGAGCGCCCUGGGUGAUGGGAAAAGGUCCAUCAUUUUGAAGCCCAACUGGCCAAAGGGACAUUAUCGAUUCUGUGAUGCUUUGUCGCUUUUGGGAGAACACAGAAAAGCACUGGAAGCCAAUGAGAGAGGUCAAGAGUUGUGUGGAAAUAGUCUUGAAGGAAUUAAGGAUCUUGUUCAGCAACAUGAAAAAUUAAAAAAGCGAGUGGAAGAAAUUAGAGGUGUGAAACAAAAGAAACACAGAAUAAAGAAAAUAGCAUUUCAGAAAAAUUCUUCAGAAUCUGCUCCAAUCAGUAUCCAAGAAUUUAAAAAGUCUCAAAUUGAAAAGAAAAUUCAGCCUGACUCUCUCAACCACCUCUCUCAUCAAAAGACUACAAAGGUGACUGCACCAGCUAAAGAAAACAAAGACUGCCUUUCAAAUUCUACAUCAGUACUGAAUGAAAAUACAGGGAAAACAAGAAGCAAAAUGGAUGAUUCUGAAAAAACCAGAGACCAACUGAACUUGAAAGCUGAUUCUCAAAAAUAUCUCAACAAACAGGAUACUCCCUGUAGUACUGUGCAUCAGGGGGAUUUACCAGUAUCGCUAGAUGUUUUAAAGACUUUCAUAAAAGAUGGAUGCACAUCUUUAAUGGAUCAACGUUUUCGCAAUGCUGAACAAUCUUUUGCGCGUUUAUUGAAUAUUUUAGAUCCAUCCCAGCUACAGGAGCUGAAUCUUGCUCUUAUUGACUAUGUUGUGGUAAUCUAUGGGUAUGCUACUGCUCUCCUUGGAAUAGGGCAGCUUGAGGAACUGGCCAAAGCUGAAGAUCAAUUUAAUAAGAUAAUUGAGCAGUAUCAGAAAGUGAAAUUUAAUUGCUUAGCACAUUAUGGAAUUGGGAAAGUAUAUUUGAGACAAAACAAGUUUUUGGAUGCUAUGGACCAAUUUACUAAAUCAAAGAUUGUGAUUAGCCAUAAGAUUGUGCCUGGUAUAUUAACUUGGCCUACAACUUCGAUAGUUAUUGAAGAGACACGGACAGAGAAAUUACAGGCUAUGUUGGAGGAGUGUAUUAAGGAAUGCAAGUUUCCUCCAAAUCCAGAUGCAGUUUGUCGCUACCAGCAGUGCCAAGCACAUAAAAUGAAAAUAUAUUUUAAUGAUCCAGACUUCAAGGGUUUUAUACGUGUUACCUGCUGUGAACAGUGUAUAGUUGAAUUUCAUGUAAGCUGUUGGAAGAAGCUGAAAGGAACAACAGACAAAGAUAAAAAUAACAAGGAUUUUCUUCAAGAGAUGUGUUUCACUCCAGAUUGUAAAGGCCUCAUUACUAACAUUGUUGUCUUCAGUGCAUCUGGUCUUAUCAAACAUAGGUUUGAACAUAAAAUAAAACCCAAGGAACUCCCAAGGCCUGUUGAUAAGCAGAAAUGUUUGAGUUCUAGGAGCUUACAAAUAAAACAAGAAAAAAAAUUAAGGAAAAAGUGUAUGAAAGAAGUAGCCUUGAAAGCCACAAAAGACAGUACAGAAGAAUGUCAACGAGGAACCAGUGGCCUACUUUAUGAUAGUCAUAAAGGAAAUAUUCAGAAGUGUUUUUUUACUGGUGAUAAAGUCCUGCAACUUAUUGUACAGAAUGCUGAGAAAAUAAAGAUAGGCGUACAUGAUGCCUUCAGACUUCUUAAUGGAUUGCUUUCAUGUGGGGUAAUUAGCGAAGAGGAUUAUGCUGUAUUUUCAACUAGUAGUGUUUCAUCAAAUGAAGUAAUGGAACAGCUCAUAAAAUACUUAAUCCAGAAAAACAAUAGAGUGAAGACAAGAAUUUUUGUUCAUGUUUUAAGUGAGCUUGAAGAAGUGGAUCCCAAACUACAUGACUGGAUGAAACAUCUUGAUGAUAAUGGUUUAAAAGCUACAGAAGUAUUUUUCAAUUAUUAUGGUGUUGAUAUUUUGGAACCUGAGCUUAGUUUCAUAUCUCUUCUCUGGAGUGAGAAAUAUGGUAUUAAACUAAACAGUAUAUACACCUGCUCAUGUCCAGAUUAUGUUGAAAUAAUGAACUACUUUGAAAAACUGUCAGUCAUGGAACUUCGUCGUGUGUUAUGGCUAUUAGAAGAAAACAGAGAGCAUUUUCCCCUUUAUCACUCUGUUUUAGAUGAAUAUUUUGAUGAAAUGGAGAAUCCUUUUACUGUAUUAAAGAAGCAGGAAAUUGAAACUACUGCAAAUAAUGGUAUCAAAGUUAAAAACAGAAAUCGAAAGAAGCCAAAGGAAUCAAGGGCUGUUUUAGUUCUGUCUGGUGGAGUUGGUGGUACAGUGACUCGAGAGGAAGACAAUAUAUUUUCAGAAGAAAGUACACUAAGUUUUAUGAAUCCUUCUGAACCAUUCAGAAUACCAGAUAGUCUUUCUGAUCAGGUGGAGAUAUUUGAAGCUUUGUAUAAUAAUAAUGUUUCUUCCAGUAGCAAUUAUCAGAGAAUGUUGGACAAUUAUCCAGACCCAACUUGUGAAAGCUUAUAUGACUAUUUUUCUCAAAUCUUGGAAGAACAUGGCCCCAUGGAAAUUGAUAAUCCUUUGUUAGUUGGAGAAUAUAAAUGCUUUCCUGCAGGUACUCGUAAGAUUGUGGAGGAUGCUGGUGGUCUGAAAUCUUUCCUGCUGGUAUCUUUACGUUUUGUUAUGAUGGGUGACCUUAUUGGCUUGAUGAAACAUGCUGUUAUGCUGAAGGAAAAUGCAGAUGUCGCUCAGGUUGAAGGAAAAGUUAAAAAUGAAGACAGUUACUCGGCCUGCUUAAAUAGUCAAGAAGACAGUUCCCAAAGCAAACCACGUUUAAAUCCUGCUGCUAAGGAGUUCAAACCCAUCUUUUAUAUUAAUCAACCUUGUGCACCAAUAUCUUCUGAUAAAGUAACCAGCAAUACUGUCGAAUAUACAACUGCAAGCCAUUCUUCUUUUAGUCCUUUUGUUUCCACAUGUUCUCUUUCUUGUCAGACAACUGACUCGAUAGCAUCAUCACUGCCUAUGUCAAAAAUAUCUUUGCCUUCAGCUGUACCUGAAAACUAUUUGACGUUUCUAAAUGAGGUUCCUACAGACUAUCAGGAUGAUAGAACGUUUCCAAUGAUUACUCAAAUACCACUUAUGCCAGAUAUUUCAGAUCCGUCUAAUGAUAUAUAUGCAGAUUAUGAUGCUUACCUUGAUAUUGAUCUAGAAGCAAUAUCAGGGAACAAAUACAGCUUUGACAGUCUUGAAAAAAGUGAUAAAGUGCAAACAUCCCAGAACCCUGAGUGCAUAUCAGCGAGGUCUGACAGUCACCCCUAUGACAAUACUUGUGAUCAGUUUGAGAGUCAUCAUAAUGAAGCUGAAUGUAGUUCUGUUAUAAAAAUGGAAAUGGAGAAUAAGCCUGCAGCAAGAAACUGUCCUCGUUCAAGAAUGAUUGCUGUUCAGGUAGAUCAAGAGCUAACAGAUGAGGGAGUUAAUACUUUGCCUCUCCAUCCAUAUGAAACUCAACAAGGCGAUCUGUUGCGUAUCGAAAAAGAGCAUCACGUACUACAAGAACAACUUAAAGAAGCAAGUGAAAAAUUUGAACAGCUUCAAAGUCGAAGCUCUGAAGAAACCAGUAUGUUAGAAGAUGAGUUAAAAAUGAGAAUUGAUGGAAACAAGCUCUCUCAGAGAGAACUAGAUUGGUUCCAUCAAGAUUUAGAAAUGGAAGUGAAAAGAUGGCAACAGGGGAAAAAAGAAAACCAAGACGGAUUGAAAGUGGGAAAGAAUAAAGUAAGAAAACUAACAGAAACCAAUGAAAUAUAUACAAGGACCAUUGAUGAGAAGGAUAAGCAGUAUAAACUACAUUUGGAUGAAUUUCUCGAGAUCAGUAAUAAGUUUGAAAAUGAGAAAGUGAAAAUGGAAGAGCUUAUAAAGAAGAGCCACAAUGACUACCAAGAGUGUAUUAAGCGAGCUGUUGCAGCAGAGGUAUCGGUGCUUGAAAAUUGGAAGGACAUGGAAUUAUAUAAGUUACACAGAAGAGCAACAAAUGAAGAAGCUAAUCUUAAAUAUUUUAAGUUCAUGUCCAGCCACUCAGCAGUACCUCAAUCAAAGUUACAAAUUGAUUCUUGGGAGUCCUUUAUUUCUAAUAUCAAGGAAGAAAUGAGAAAGACGGAGAAUCAGUUUGAAGAGAGAAUUUGUAUGGUAAAAGAUGGCAUUGUUCUAAAUAGUAUUCCCAAAGUGGAAAUUGCAGAAUUUCAGCUUCCUUCUGGUCCAUUGUCAGCAAUGCAUGAGAGGCCACCUAUUAAUGAUCCAGCCAUCGUAAUGUAUUCAGCUGCAGUUCCACACCUGCCCCCUAACUUGUUUGCUACAUUUUCAAGUAGUAAAGACAACAGUGUUCAGCACUCCACAGUUAGUGUGGAUACUGGAAAUAAAACAUCCCACCAAGGUUCUAAGCCUUCAUUUGGAAAUGAAGACUUGGGAGAAGCACCUCCUGAAUGCAAGAGAAAGUUGCAUUCAGAUAAAGUAUGUCUACCCCAGUCAGUGGGUGACUCUGGAGUAGAUAACCAAGAUGUCCAGCUAGAAGAACCAGCAGCUUCUGUGGGAUUGGACCAUAUUAAAGAUACAAACAGGCCACCGCUUCCAAAACCAUCUAAAGAUAUCAUUGAUGAACUUGGAACUAUAUUCCCACAUUUUACAAGCUCAGAUUUCAAGAACUUUAUAAAAGAAGUAGAAGUGAAGAACAGGAAAAAGCUCAACCCCAAUGAGCUCCUUACCUUAGUGACAGAACUUAUUCUGGAUCAUCCAAAUAAGAAAAAGGUUCAGUCUGUCACAGGGAAAACAGAGAAGCCACCCUCUCGUGCUUCAGGACAGAGUGGAAGUAAGACUCAAAAAGUAUUAAAGUCUCUAGGACGAAGUGUGCCUAAUCCAUCUGUGUCUAAUGAGAAGGCAAAGAAAACCACCUUUCCACCUCAGUCAGUUCAGGUGCCUUGGAAAACUGUUGGAGGAGCAUCAAAAACGAAGUGGAAGAAAUCAAGUGAUGUCACUGACAAUGAUCCCUGUGUAAUAUGUCAUGAGGAACUAAGUUUGGAGAUGUUGCAUGUACUAGACUGUGGACACAGAUUUCACAAAGUGUGUAUUGGGCCAUGGAUUAAGGAACAUAGUACGUGCCCAACCUGCCGUCGUCACGUUCUGUUGCCUGAAGAUUACCCUGAGCUUCCUGGUCGAAAGAGAGCUACUUAAAUUUUGUUGAACUAUAUAGAUUAGCAAGAACAUGCAAUUCAAAUUAUUUAGAACCAUGAUAAUGAAGGUGUGUGUAGUCUGUUCUGCUUAUGGAGUAGCAUGAUAGAUACAGUAAAUUCCUUUAAACGAGAGAGAGAGAGAGGCAAAUAGUAAAUUUUGCAAAUAUUACAAGUUCUGCCAUUCUUCCCGAUUGCUUAUACAAUACCCGAUGGGAUUCCACAUUUGUUUUCUUGCCAGUAGUAAACUGAUUUUUAUCUAUCAUGUAACUUGGUUGCAUCACUACAAAACUGAUUUCACAGCCUUCAGGCUCUACCCAAUAGAUGUCAUUCUCUUGAAUAAAAAAAUUGUAUUAAAAAUUUUAAUGAUAAAUCAACUGCUAGUGUUUCUGAACUGUAUGGUUUUUGAAUCGAGAUCAUGGACCAGCUGAUACGAGUUGGCAGAAGCCUCACCAUUGUUCAGUGAAUUAUGAGUCUGAUUCCUGUUGAUCCUUGGUGAAACAGGUGACCAUCUUCAGAUAUUACGUGCGUGCAGUAGCACAGCUUGAAGAUUCCAGCUGAAGGUUCAAACAUCCAGAAAUUUGAUAAGUGUACAGUUCUUGCAUUAGUGCCCUGCCCUUCAUUGAUCACUCCUGGCGUCAAAUCUAAAGUACAUUAUGUUGGAUCCAAAGAACUGAGAGUAGAAGAAAGCUAGGUGCAAAUGCAUGCAGUGUGUAUAAGGGGUAGGCUGGCACUCCACCGUUAAGCUUAUUUUGACAUGGGUAUAUGACAGCCCUUUGAGCAGGAUAUAUAUAUUUUUAACAUAAGCUGGAUCCAAAUUGUCUGAGUACUUGUGUGGCAAUACACCAACAUUCUUACAGAAGCCUAUUAUUUCCCCUCAAUAAGCACCAAUAAACAAACCUGCUUUAGCUAGGUUGGUUUUUUUUAAAACUAGAGUUUGGUUACCACCCUGAAAUAAUUACUUCUGAAUAUAGUUAUAUUUGAAUAUAAAAUUCCAAACACUGGAUCUUACAGAAGUGACUGGGUUUCUGAUCCAUUCCCUUGUGAGGACAGUCCCUACAUGCAGACAGCUGUAUGUUUUCAUCCCCCUCUUAGUCUCACAAAUGUGCUCAGCACAUGCCACACCAUGUUCACUGGUCAUAUCCCCAUCCAGACAUAUGGGCAUGGCUUUGUUUACAUGAAUCACCUUUAUAUGGACUCUAAAAGGUUAUUCAAAUUAAGAAAAAAUCAGAUAAGCUGGUCACCAAAACUGUCCCAUCACCAACCCACAUGUUGUGCUAUAUCACUGAGCUCUAUCAUAAUUCUUACUGUAUCUUCCAAUUUUAAUUUUAAGUGUUAAAGAACUUUUAGAAGUGUCCAGACUAUCCUCAGCAUUUUAGGCAUAUUUAAUCUAUUGCCUGCAUUUACUAUAUUGAGAUGGCCACUUCUGUAAUCCACAUAAUGCAUUAUGUCAAACUUUACAUUUUGUGAACAAAUAAAUUGUGAACAGUAUCAACCAUA